AUGGCGCCUUCACGCUCGUUCUCUUAUUUUCUGUCGCUCGUUUUGACUCUCAACUUUCUUCCAUUCGUUCUUGCAAGCCCGUGGAUCGUCACCGAAGACUAUGAACAGGUUAUAGUAACCGAAUAUGCCUAUGGCGAUUACUAUGAAACCGAAACCCCCACUUUGACUACCUCGAUCGAAGAAAUCAACCCGACGGUGACUCCGCUGCCCGAGGCUCUCUCAACAAUCACCUCCAUUGACGACUACUCGUCUCUUACCAUCAUCCAAAAAUUAUACCCCACCAGCGUGGGCACACCGGCUCCUUACUAUUACGAUUACUAUGACGAUGACGACCAUAUCACCGUCUACGUGGUGAACAUCACCUACUCCGCCGCCACAGCAUGCUCAACGCAAUGGACCUCCACGACCCCAGUAACCGUGAACCCACCCUACGCCAUCGAGAACCUGCUCCCCACAACCGCCAUGUCGACAUCCCUCUACGUCGACAACUCAGAGCCCUUCAGCCCAACAACCUACACAUACGACUACGUCUGGAUCGAACCAACCCAGAUCCCAUCCUCAUCCAUGAGCUACCUCAGCUCACUCUACGCCCCAAGCACAAUGUACGACUCCAGCUGCUACUCCUACGGCAGCUCCAGCUCUAGCUCCAGCUCCAGCUCCGACUGCGAAUACUGCGACGAAGACGACUACGACGGAAGCUGGUUCUUCGACUCCUACUGGAUGGGAAUCUCACCGUUCGCCCUAACCAUGAUCCUCCUCUUCGGCUGGAUCGGCAUCUUCCUAAUCGCCGGUCUAGUCGAAGCCUGGGUCCGUUUCCGCCGCCUGAUGCUAGGCUGGCAGACUCGCCGCGGCCUCCCCCUCUGCUGGGCCUUCAUGCUCCUCCCCCUCUCGCUGCUCCUGAUCAUCGGGUUCCGGAAGGGCUACCGAGCCCGCAGCGAGACGGACGCGGUCGCACUCCGCGAGCAAUGGGAUGGAUUGGGCUUCUGGAAGAAGCUGAAGCUCUUCUUUGUCUGGGGAUUCCGCUUCAAGUACCCGCCCAUGCUGGGUGAGGCGCCGCCCCGUGUGAAGCCUAGCAAGCAGCCUGGUGCUACGACCAAGCAGCCUCAGACAUCGUUGUUGAACACGGAGCAGCCUAUGGCGACUGGCGCUGUUGCUGCUUCUGGUGACCAGAGGGGGUUGUCUGCAGAUGCUGCGGAUCCGGAGAUGGGCGAGGUUGAGAAUCACUCGGGCCGGUCGUCGGGUCAGGGUGAGCACCCUCCCGCUGAGGCUUCGGGUGCAUUGGAUGGACAUCGUGGCGGGGAGACUGGCCGCGCUGAGUAG